AUGGAGUUGAUCAACCGCCUGCGCAACACUCUCCUGCAGCAACAAGAGGACAAGGUGUUGAACUUCUUCACCAAAGUGAGCGACUUGAGAGACUUCAUUUCGGCUCGAGAGCCUACUGCUGGCGUGAACGUCACUAAUGAAUUUCCCUCAUUUAGUCUUUCAUUUAGUGGCUACACUACCAAAUAUGGAUACAUUUUUCGCAAAUAUGGGUACACCGGAGGAUGGCUACAGAAGCCUCGCGACAAUUCUUCUUCGAAGAAGUACCGUUUUAUUUCAAAUCCUAGGCUCUCUAAUAUCACACCCCCUUAA